AUGGCGGAACCCUCGCCAGCACUGCCGAGCCAAACAGCCAUGGUGCUUGACGAGGGGAGCCAACCAGUGGAUCUAGUCAAGCACCCCUCGGGAAUUGUUCCUGUAUUACAAAACAUAGUUUCUACAGUCAACAUGGACUGUCGGCUGGAUUUGAAAGAAAUUGCACUCCGAGCUCGAAACGCCGAGUACAACCCUAAGCGUUUCGCAGCUGUCAUCAUUCGGAUACGCGAGCCCAAGACAACAGCUCUUGUGUUCGCUUCUGGAAAAAUGGUGUGCACUGGCGCGAAGAGUGAAGAGCAAUCGCGGUUAGCUGCACGCAAGUAUGCUCGUAUCAUUCAAAAGCUUGGCAACGACCAAGUAAAGUUCAAAGAUUUUAAGAUUCAAAAUAUUGUCGGUUCCUGUGACGUUCGCUUCCCGAUCCGUUUAGAAGGACUUCAAAUCGCCCAUCAACAAUUUUGCAGCUACGAGCCAGAGCUUUUCCCUGGCUUGAUAUACCGCAUGAAGCAGCCCAAGAUCGUGCUCCUCAUUUUCGUGUCAGGGAAGAUCGUUCUUACUGGUGCCAAGGUGCGAGAUGAGAUCUACCAGGCGUUUGAGAACAUCUAUCCGGUGCUCAACUUAUACAGGAAAAUUCAAGCAGAGCCACUUCCACCUCCUCCUGCUGAGUCAUGA